GCGGGAAGGACGAAAAAAAAAAACCCCAAAACGAAACAAGCACAAUGGCUGACUGGAGGACUUUUAACGUCGUGGUCUUGGGUGUGGGAUUCAUGUUUAUCUUCACUGCCUUCACCACCUGUGGGAACGUACAACAAACUGUGGUGAAAAGUCUGCAGAACGACACCUUCACGGGAAGCGGAUACCACAGUCUGGGAAUCAUCUAUGGAGUCUUCUCGUUUUCCAAUUUGGUGGCGCCCGCCGCGGUGUCAGUGCUGGGGCCGAAGGUGACUAUGUUUGUGAGCGGGCUGCUUUACAGCGGCUACAUCGGCGUCUUCAUCGAGCCGUCCACAUGGUCGUUCUAUUUGAUGUCUGUGCUGAUCGGCGUUGGUGCCGCCAUGCUGUGGACGGCUCAAGGGCAGUUUCUGGUGGAGAACUCGGAAGCUUCCACCAUCAACAGGAACACGGGCAUGUUCUGGGCACUGCUGCAGUGCAGCAUGUUGUUUGGCAACCUGUACAUUUACCUGGACUGGAAUGGAAGAACAGAAAUACCAGCCAGCAGCAGGAAGAACAUCUUCCUCUCCCUGCUGGUGGCCUCCAUCGUGGGGACGCUGAGCUUCCUGGUGCUGAGGAGGACUCGCCUGCCCGAGGAAGAAAUGCUCUCGGAGGAGGAAGGACAGUCACUGCUCGCUACCCAUGUGAUGUACAAGCACAGAGCCAAUACGGCCCUGCGAGAGGUCAGUGAUGACUUAAAGUCCAUGGUGCAACUCCUCAAGACCAGAAACAUCCUCCUCCUGAGUCCCUGCAUGGCCUACAGCGGCCUGGAGCUGUCCUUCUACAGCGGCGUCUACGGGACGUGCCUGGGGGCCACGGCGCAGUUCGGCCAGGCGGCCAAAGGCCUCAUCGGGAUAUCGGGCAUGGUGCUGGGUGUGGGUGAAAUCAUCGGCGGAGGCUUGUUCGGCUUGGUGUGCAAGAACAAUCGCUUCAGGCGCACCUCGGUGGUCUUCCUGGGCAUGGUGGUGCACUUCGUGGCCUUCUAUCUCAUCUUCCUCAACAUCCCCGAAGACGCCCCCGUGGUCUUCAGCACCGCCACCACCAAGACCCCCUUUCUCACGCCGAGCAUGUCAGUCGCCCUGCUGUGCAGCUUCCUGCUGGGCCUGGGCGACAGCUGCUUCAACACGCAGCUCUACAGCAUCCUGGGCUCCGUCUACGCCGAGCAAAGCACGCCUGCCUUCGCCAUCUUCAAAUUCAUACAGUCGAUUUUUGCAGCCGUGGCGUUUUUCUACAGCGGGGACACGCUGCUAACGUGGCAGCUCCUUCUCAUGGUGGCGCUGGGCUUCAGUGGAACGAUCUGCUUCUUCGUGGCCGAGCGCAUGCACGACGUGGACGUCGCCUCCACGGAAGCGCUGGAAUAACUGGAGAAGAAAAAAGAGAGAGACACUGACGAGGAAGCAGCAGAGACACUGACGAGGAAGCAGCUUUAAGGCACUGAAGGUCCUCUUGGUUUUUAAAUGAUACUUUUUUUUUUUUUUUAUCAUCGUUGUCACCGCGGGAGCCCGGAGGCUCAUUUACAUAUUUUGCUAAUGGUCUGUCACUGCACUGUGAUGAGGAGCGUUCAUUAAUACGACAAUCUCAACACGUGUAAUAAUUUACAACUACUUUUGUGUGCUGCAUGGCCUUCGGCUCAGGUUGAACACUUGUUGGAAAACAAGCCAUUGUAAAGCCCCCCCCCCACCCCCCCCAUCCCACUCAAGCAUCUUUACUGCAAUUCUUUUAUUAUGUUAUAAAAUACAUAUUCUGUACCUUAUUUAACUGCAUAACGAAGGCAAAUAUGAAUAACCGCUUCACAUCCGUGAUGUAUUUUUCUUAACAAGCUCAAAUGUUUAUUGUAUAACCUCAAAUGCUGAAAUAGCUCUCCUGUGACCUCAAUUAAUUAUUUAGUCGCACAAACGCCGUUUGGCAGAACUUCUUGACAUACGGGAUACAUUUGUGAAAACUAUUACUGUAUGAAAUGAAUAAUGCUGCAGUAGUUAGCGGGCCCAUGAAAAUCACUGAAGUAAAUCGGUUGUACAAAUGCUAUUUAGGAAUAUUGCAUCACAUUUGUUUUGGAUUUUUUUGGAAAAUCACAUUUAUUGCAUUAGCUGUAUAAUGAUUGAUUUAUGUGACAAGAACUAUUUGGGCAAAUUG